AAGUUUUAAUUGAUGUAUGUAUGAAACUGUGUAUAUUUUCCUGCGGUCAUUUUAUGAAUCAGAGCUUAGAAGAUGAACUUGGUACACGGUCUAGUGUUUCUUUUUAAUCUGGUAUUCGUUAGGGCACUGUUCAUUGAUGGAUGCCCGUUGUGGGGAUGUCGUCCUAGCGGAUCAUUUUCGUUUUAUCUCAAAGUUCCACAUCAAAACGCAACAGUUAACUGGGUAAGCGACUUGACGCUGGAUCCUGUACCCAACGCUCUGGGCUGCGUGGCUGAUAGCGUCAACAUCGUGUGUCAGUCCAAUGGACCGUUCAAAGAGGACACGGGUUUUAUCUGUUUAAGCGUGGACAAUGGGACGCUGCAAUGGCGGGACAAGGUGUUACACUUCCCGACGCUUCCUCUGCUGGACAAUUACGGAGAUGUUACCGGGUCAGAUGGGCGAUUCUUGGUGCACUAUGAUUUCGACGGAAAGUUGUACCCGAAAAUAAAAUGUUACGGUCUGGUACCAAUGUUCAGUAUGCAGCUUGUUGGGACCAUGUAUCUGUUACUGGUCGGUGAACAGGGCGGUCUAGUUGUCAGAGACACUAACGCGAUUCCAGUGGCGGAAAUCUUCUUGAACGACACUAUCCAAAAUGCUAACGGUACAUUUCUACCAAUUUCGCAGCCAGUUGUCAAUGGCCAAAGGUUUUACUUGCUGACUGAGUUUGUCCCCGAAGACGAUUCAGAUUCUUACGCCCCCAGUGUUCUCAAUCUUCAGCGACUGUUCGCGAUUGAUAUAAAUGAUCGACCAGCGGACAUUAUGACAAUCGCGUGGUUCUUCAACUUUGAAAUGGAAGACAAGCACACAACACUGUCGGACAAACUUAUCUUCCAAUCUCGACAAAUGCAAAAUGAGAAACAUGACAUGAAGAUAUCAAGGGAUGGUUAUUCGGGUUUUAAUCGGCGUGCGAGAAUGAAUUUAAUUACUGAUUCGAUCAAUUCUAUGCAAAAUGUGUUAUGGAAUAACGCAUCCGGAACGAUCUUUGUCAGCUUGCCUCCGCCUUAUUUGUCAUCGCGAAAUGAUUUAAGAUCUUUCUGGAUAUUUGAAGACAAAAACGACACUGUACAGUUGGUUUCCCGCUCAGACAACUUAUACGUUACGCACAUGUCAACAUGGGAACCGGACAGUGAUUGGAUCCAAUAUGACGCACGUAAGACGAUGACGUCAUAUAUUUGGGCAACCACCAUGGACUCAAUGCUUAUCCAAAUUAACGCCGAUGGUAGCCUUUCUAAAAGCAUAGACCUCCGAAAUCUCUUAGGCGAUACCACCAGGGUAACAACAAAAAUCGCUCUUACGAAAGACACGGACGAGUCUAGUGAGGUGAUUGUGUUUGGAGUGAUGGUUGGCCUGCAGUCCUACGCUGUUGCCAUAGAUGCGUCGCUCGGGACUGUGUUAUGGAAGCUUCCGGUUCCAAAUAACAUGGUGUUGAAGGGGCAAGUGUCGGGCGUCAGUGGGGCGGCGUCGCGUAUACGAGAUCAGCUAAUAUUGUAUGCUGAACUGCCUGGGAAGUCUGCUCAAAUUAUAAGUAUUCAUUGACAGUGUUCAUGGAGUGUGUGUUUAUAAGAGGCCGUAUUGCUACAUAGAAUACAGGUUUGAUAAACGUUAUGUAAAUAAGAUUGCAACAUAAAAUACAGUAUUGAUAAACUUUGUUUUAAUAAGAGGUCGGAUGGAUAGAGUAUGUGUAAAUAAGAGGUCGUAUUGAAAUAUAGAAUCGAAAUCGA